UCCAUAGUCCAUUUGACCAUUUCUCCUUGCUGUAAUUAUAAUUAUAAUUUCAACAUUUAAGGUCUUCAAAUUAAUCAAAUUAUAUAAUUCUAUUGGUCGGUGGAAGGGGGGAUCCUCUUUGCAAUAAAGGUUAAAGAUCACUGAUAUUACCACAGAAUACAAUGGAUUAAACUUUAAUGAUUAAAACAUUUUAAACAUCAAUAUAAUUACUACUAAAGAUACCACUACAACCAGUAUAACCUAAGAUUUAUUGUUCAGUGUUAUUUAACCUGUGCUACAAUUAUUAUCCAGAGGUUUCUGUAAUACUACUACUACUGUAGGCUUUAACUCUUAACUCGGUCAUUCCAUCUACAAACAGACUUUUUUAUCUAGAAUUUCAUUUAUUAAUAUUGCUUACUGAAACCACACUAUGGAAUAUAGAUACAAUACAAAUAUUUCUGAUUAUAAAUAUUCUGCAUCAAAUUUAAUAUUAACGAGACAACAGCGAGAUUUUUAUGAAAUAAAUGGAUAUUUAGUAAUUCCUAAACUAGUUCCUGAUUAUUUGUUAGACAGAUGCUGCAACCGAUUUAUAGACUUGUGUCAUGGAAGAAUUCCACGGAAUGGAAUAACAAUGAUKAAAGACAUAUCUCGCAUGAAAGCAGGUGAUCAAGGGGAAUAUUUAUUUGGAAAAGCACAGGAUAUUCUUUGGGAUGACGAAUUUUAUGAGUAUGCUAGAUUCCCUAAGAUGUUGGAUUAUAUUGAAAGCUUUAUUGGACCAAAUGUUAUGGCAAUGCAUUCAAUGUUUAUAAACAAACAACCAGAUAUUGGUACCAAUAGUUCUCGCCAUCCAGUUCAUCAAGACCUUCAUUAUUUUCCAUUCCGUCCUGCCAACUUAAUUGUAGCGUCUUGGACAGCAUGUGUUCCAGUUACAGUGAACAAUGGAUGUCUAUAUGUAGUUCCAGGAACACAUACUGGUGAUUUGUAUCCUCAUAAUUAUCCAGAACCCAAAGAUGGAGAAAUAAAUAAAAUGUACCAUGAAGUAAAAAUAAACAAUAAUCACGAUGAUCAUAAAAAAGUGUUUUUGGAAAUGGAGAAAGGUGAUACAGUUUUUUUCCAUCCUUUGUUGCUUCAUGGAUCAGGAAUAAAUAAAACACAAGAUUUUCGAAAAGCAAUUUCUGUUCAUUAUGCUUCAUCCAACUGUUCUUAUAUAGACGUGUCUGGUACAACUCAAGAUAACAUAAAAAAUGAGGUAAUUGAUGUGAUGGCUAAAAAAGGAAUAACAGAUGUUGAUUACACGUUUGCCUGGAAACAUCGUUGUCGACUUAUUCGUGGAGUCAAAGCAAAUUUGUAGUUGUAAUAUAAAUUCUAUUAUUAAAUUAAAAUAUUAAAAUAUUUGGUUCGUGGAUUUUAUGUUAUGUUUACAAAAACU